GCUGCAAUUAAUACAACAUUAUGGAACUCGUGUUUUUAGUACUUGUCGUGUUUCCAGCCGGAUUAGCGGCGAUUCACAAUUUUGCGGAUGUUGCGUGCGGGAGAAGAAGCGAGAGGAGAACCGCGAAGGUGGUUGGUGGCGAGGAUGCGGCCGAGGGUGAGUUUCCGUGGUUGGUCUCGCUGACGAGGCGCGGCGCCCACUUCUGCGGGGGUUCGCUGAUAACCGACAGGCACGUUUUGAGCGCAGGACACUGCCUCUGCAGCGGUUCGUCAGAGAUACCCGCCGGUCAAAUUCGGGUAACACUCGGGCAGCACGUGCUGAGCGAAGAGUCGGCGGAAAAAUUCGAGGUGGCGGUCAAGUCGUCAACGUUGCAUCCAGACUACACUUGCGGCAAAGUCAAAAACGACUUGGCGAUUUUGGAACUCGAACGACAGGUGAAAUGGUCCGACGUUGUCCACCCGGCCUGCCUACCCGCUGGUUUGCAGGAAGACGGCCACAAUCGGUUCGUGGACGUCUUAGCAACGGUGGCUGGGUGGGGUUGGACCAACGAAAAUAAUAACUUGGGUAGUAGAGGGGACAGAUUGCAGAAGGCCAAGGUGAACAUUUUGGAAAGGGAGCAAUGUCAGCGGUGGUUUAAGUCGCAGGGGAAGAAGACGAAGAUCCAAGAGACCCAAAUUUGCGCUGGCUACGAACAAGGCGGUAUUGAUUCCUGUUGGGCUGAUAGUGGUGGACCGCUUAUGACUACAUCCGAUAGUGGUGAAAAGAUUAUCGUAGUUGGCGUGGUGUCUACUGGAAUUGGUUGUGCAAGACCGUCCUUGCCAGGGAUCUACACUCGUGUUUCGGACUACAUUCCCUGGAUCAGAUCUGUCGUGAAAACUUAAGC